AGAAGCAGCGCAGCGCAGCAGCGACUGCGACGGGGCAGCGCAGUUCGUUUUGUGCGCGCGUAGUGAACGGUUGUCUUUCGGUUGCUCGUCGGGGAGUUGCGAAUUCAGCGACUACAAAUGGCGACUUGUGCCUGCCGGACCCUGGAGUUAAUUGUUAAUUGUUAAUCGCUGUGGUGCUAAGCGUUGGCCGAACGGUUUAUGGGUUUAUGGUAACCCUGGUGGCAGAAAGGAGAACAAACUUGUGUCCAGAAGGAAGGAGGAAAAGCACCAAAAAAGAUGUGAGAGAUGUGUAAUUAAAACAAGACUUUUCACUAAAAACUAGAAGACCGAAGGAAGGCCGCUGAGAAAACAUAAAGCGAAAUCCCAGAAAUACAAAUACCAAAAGGCAACAACAAAUGCUCAAAUCUGCGGCGUCGUCGCUGCGUCGACGUCGUCCAAAAACAACAAUAACAGCAACAACAGCCAUCGAGAUGCCGUCGCAGCCGCAGUUGGCGUCGCUGCUUGCAGUGCUGGUUUUGCUCUGCUACUGCGACAGCUGCUUUUUUUGUUACGCGGAUGCCAAUCUACAGCAGCAGAAUUCAAUCGUCCAGCAGCAGCAACUCCAGGCUCCUCGGUUCACCACGCAUCCAUCGUCUUCGGGAUCGAUUGUCAGCGAGGGCAGCACCAAGAUACUUCAGUGCCAUGCGCUGGGAUACCCGCAGCCCACAUACCGAUGGCUAAAGGACGGCGUCCCCGUGGGCGACUUCUCAUCCAGCCAGUUCUACCGAUUCCACAGCACACGGCGGGAGGAUGCGGGCAGCUAUCAGUGCAUUGCCAGAAAUGAUGCCGGAUCCAUAUUCAGCGAAAAGAGCGACGUUGUCGUGGCCUACAUGGGCAUCUUUGAGAACACCACAGAGGGUCGUCUGACGGUGGUCAGUGGUCACCCUGCUAUAUUCGAUAUGCCCCCCAUUGAAUCUGUGCCCGUGCCGUCGGUUAUGUGGCAAUCGGAGGAUGGACCUCUGAAUUACGACAUCAAGUACGCCUUCACUCACGCCAACCAGUUGAUUAUUUUAAGUGCUGAUGAAAACGAUCGCAAGGGAUACCGGGCUAAGGCCAUCAACACGCAGUUGGGCAAAGAGGAGAGCAGCGCCUUUGUGCACCUGAACGUCAGUGGAGAUCCGUACAUAGAGGUGGCGCCCGAAAUCAUAGUGCGCCCGCAGGACGUGAAGGUCAAAGUGGGUACCGGAGUGGUUGAGCUGCAGUGCAUUGCGAAUGCCAGGCCCUUGCACGAACUGGAGACGCUUUGGCUGAAAGACGGUCUCGCCGUAGAAACUGCCGGAGUGAGGCACACUCUCAACGAUCCAUGGAAUCGAACGUUGGCCCUGCUGCAGGCGAACAGCUCACAUUCCGGGGAAUACACCUGCCAGGUGCGAUUGCGCAGUGGUGGCUACCCGGCCGUCAGUGCUUCGGCUCGCCUCCAAAUCCUCGAGCCGCCACUCUUUUUCACACCCAUGCGGGCGGAAACCUUUGGCGAAUUCGGGGGACAGGUGCAGCUAACCUGCGAUGUGGUCGGCGAACCCACGCCCCAGGUCAAGUGGUUCAGGAACGCAGAAUCGGUGGAUGCACACAUUGAGAGUGGAAGAUACACGUUGAACACGGAUAAUACGCUGGUAAUUAAGAAACUAAUCCUGGAUGAUGCUGCCAUGUUUCAGUGUUUGGCCAUCAACGAAGCGGGGGAGAAUUCGGCGAGCACCUGGCUGCGCGUAAAAACAAAAACGGCCAAGAACCGCGUGAAGCGCUUGGCCCAGCCGCGAAUCCUGAGGGUAAGAGCUUCGCAUGCUGGCUUGGGAUCGGAAUCUGGUUCCUCUGAUAGACGCAAGGAGUUUCGCUUUGCAUCGGCUCCAAUUAUGGAGCUGCCGCCCCAAAAUGUGACCGCCUUGGAUGGCAAGGACGCAACUAUUUCCUGCCGGGCAGUUGGAUCGCCCAAUCCCAACAUAACCUGGAUAUACAAUGAGACCCAACUGGUAGAUAUAUCCAGCCGGGUGCAGAUACUCGAGUCGGGUGACCUGCUCAUCUCGAACAUCCGAUCUGUGGACGCCGGCCUCUAUAUCUGCGUACGAGCCAACGAGGCGGGCAGCGUCAAGGGCGAGGCCUAUUUGAGUGUUUUGGUGCGGACGCAAAUCAUCCAACCGCCUGUGGACACAACGGUGCUACUUGGCUUAACGGCCACCUUGCAGUGCAAGGUGUCCAGUGAUCCCAGUGUCCCGUACAACAUCGACUGGUAUCGCGAGGGUCAGUCGUCGACGCCCAUCAGUAAUUCGCAGCGCAUUGGUGUCCAGGCGGACGGUCAACUGGAGAUCCAGGCGGUGCGGGCGAGCGACGUCGGGAGUUAUGCCUGUGUGGUCACUUCUCCCGGGGGAAACGAGACGCGGGCCGCCCGCCUCAGCGUCAUCGAACUCCCGUUCCCACCCAGCAAUGUGAAGGUGGAACGACUACCGGAACCGCAACAGCGCAGCAUCAACGUGUCCUGGACUCCGGGAUUCGAUGGCAACAGUCCAAUAUCCAAAUUUAUUAUCCAGCGACGUGAGGUCUCCGAAUUAGAAAAAUUCGUAGGUCCAGUUCCAGACCCUCUGCUCAACUGGAUUACCGAGCUGAGCAAUGUCUCGGCGGACCAACGUUGGAUCCUGCUCGAGAACCUCAAAGCGGCCACCGUUUAUCAGUUUAGGGUUAGUGCUGUCAAUCGGGUGGGCGAGGGUUCGCCAUCGGAACCCAGUAACGUCGUCGAGCUGCCCCAGGAAGAGUUUCCGCUUCACCGAGCUCCUUCGGGUCCACCGGUGGGAUUUGUUGGAUCCGCCCGCUCGAUGUCAGAGAUCAUCACGCAAUGGCAGCCACCGUUGGAGGAGCAUCGCAAUGGCCAGAUCCUGGGAUACAUUCUCCGGUACCGCCUAUUCGGUUACAACAAUGUGCCUUGGUCCUACCAGAAUAUUACCAACGAAGCGCAGCGCAACUUCCUGAUUCAAGAACUGAUCACCUGGAAGGAUUACAUCGUGCAGAUCGCAGCAUACAACAACAUGGGCGUGGGUGUCUACACCGAGGGCUCCAAAAUAAAAACCAAGGAAGGAGUCCCAGAAGCACCCCCCACGAAUGUAAAAGUAGAAGCUAUCAACUCGACGGCAGCCAGGUGCCGGUGGACUCCACCCAAUCCGCAGCAGAUUAAUGGCAUCAACCAGGGCUAUAAGAUCCAGGCAUGGCAACGUCGGUUGAUAGAUGGCGAGUGGAGGGACAUUGAACGACGCAUGAAAACAGUGCCCCCUAGUCUGAUUGAUCCACUGGCGGAACAGACAGCUAUCCUCGGAGGACUUGAAAAGUUUACCGAGUACAAUAUCAGUGUGCUAUGCUUCACGGACCCUGGCGAUGGUGUGGCCAGUAUUCAAGUGGCAGUGAUGACCAUGGAUGACGUACCCGACGAGGUGACCGGAUUGCAUUUCGAUGACGUCUCCGAUAGAUCCGUUAAAGUUCUCUGGGCGCCACCGCGCGCUUCGAACGGUAUCCUAACGGGCUAUACGGUUCGCUACCAAGUCAAGGAUCGCCCGGAUACCCUGAAAUCCUUUAAUCUGACAGCGGAUGAUACAGAGUUGACGGUGAACCAAUUGCAGGCCACCACGCACUAUUGGUUUGAGAUUUUCGCGUGGACGCGUGUGGGCAGUGGAAUUCCGAAAACAGCCACCAUUCAGUCCGGCGUAGAACCAGUUCUCCCACAUGCACCCACUGCUCUGGCAUUAUCCAAUAUCGAAGCAUUCUCUGUUGUUCUGCAGUUCACUCCGGGCUUUGAUGGCAACUCCAGCAUUACCAAAUGGAAAGUGGAGGGACAAACGGCCAGAAAUAUGACUUGGUUUACCAUUUGCGAGAUAAAUGAUCCCGAUGCAGAGACCUUGACCGUCACUGGCUUGGUGCCGUUUACCCAGUACAGGCUGAGAUUGAGUGCUAGCAAUGUGGUUGGCAGCUCGAAGCCCUCGGAGGCAACCAAGGAUUUCCAGACGAUUCAAGCCAGGCCCAAACAUCCACCGUUCAACGUAACCGUGCGGGCAAUGAGUGCUCAACAACUGCGGGUUCGCUGGAUUCCACUGCAACAAACCGAAUGGUAUGGAAAUCCCCGGGGCUAUAAUAUAUCCUACAAGCAGCUGGUCAAAACUCCCGGGACCAUUAAAUACGUACCCCGGUCAGUGGUGAUCGAAGAUCACACAGCCAACUCCCACGUGUUAGAUAGUCUGGAGGAGUGGACACUGUAUGAGGUGAAAAUGAAUGCCUGCAACGAUGUGGGAUGUUCAAAAGAGAGUGACACUGCCGUGGAGAGAACUCGCGAAGCUGUUCCUAGCUAUGGACCCCUGGAUGUCCAGGCGAAUGCCACAUCAUCCACCACAGUGGUUGUGCAAUGGGGUGAGGUUCCCCGACAACACAGGAAUGGUCAGAUAGAUGGCUACAAGGUGUUUUAUGCCGCCGCAGAUCGGGGACAACAGGUGCUGCACAAGACGAUACCCAAUAAUGCCACAUUUACCACUACCUUGACAGAACUGAAAAAAUACGUGGUUUACCAUGUUCAGGUUCUGGCCUACACCAGAUUGGGUAAUGGUGCUCUAAGCACUCCACCCAUUAGAGUUCAGACCUUUGAGGAUACCCCUGGAGUGCCAUCGAACGUUAGUUUUCCCGAUGUCUCCUUGACCAUGGCUCGCAUAAUUUGGGAUGUGCCUGUGGAUCCUAAUGGCAAGAUCUUGGCUUAUCAGGUCACGUACACAUUAAAUGGUAGUGCCAUGCUGAACUACAGCCGAGAGUUUCCGCCUUCCGAUCGAACAUUCCGGGCGACAGAAUUACUUCCCGGAAAGUAUUACAGCUUUAGUUGUACGGCUCAAACGCGACUGGGAUGGGGAAAAAUAGCUACUGCUCUCGUGUACACUACCAACAACAGGGAGAGACCUCAGGCACCUUCGGUUCCGCAAAUAUCACGCAGUCAGAUUCAGGCCCAUCAAAUCACCUUCAGUUGGACACCAGGAAGAGAUGGCUUUGCGCCACUUCGCUACUACACAGUGGAAAUGCGUGAAAACGAGGGCAGGUGGCAACCACUUCCAGAAAGGGUGGAUCCAUCUCUUAGUUCCUUUACAGCAGUUGGUCUGAGACCCUAUAUGACAUAUCAAUUCCGCAUACAGGCCACCAAUGACCUGGGACCGUCCGCUUUUAGUCGAGAAAGUGUUAUCGUGAGAACCUUACCCGCUGCUCCGGCAGUGGGAGUUGGAGGUCUCAAGGUAGUUCCCAUAACCACAACUUCGGUGAGGGUGCAGUGGAGUGCUCUGGAGACUGCAUUGUGGAAUGGUGAUGCCUCAACUGGUGGCUACAGGAUUUUAUAUCAACAACUCUCCGAUUUCCCCACCGCCCUGCAGUCUACACCCAAAACGGAUGUGCACGGCAUCAAUGAGAACAGUGUGGUUCUGUCGGAUCUUCAACAGGAUCGCAACUAUGAAAUUGUGGUGCUACCAUUUAAUUCCCAGGGCCCUGGGCCAGCCACACCCCCCGCAGCGGUCUAUGUUGGCGAAGCGGUGCCGACUGGGGAACCGAGAGCCGUAGAUGCAGCACCCAUUUCCAGCACGGAAGUGCGAUUACUGUGGAAGCCACCAAAGCAGAGCAUGCAGAAUGGAGAUAUUUUAGGAUAUAAGAUCUACUACCUGGUCACUUAUUCACCGCAAGCGUUGGAACCAGGUCGCAAAUGGGAGGAGGAAAUCGAGGUUGUUUCGGCCACGGCAACUUCCCACAGUCUCGUGUUCCUUGAUAAGUUCACCGAGUAUCGAAUCCAACUGCUGGCCUUCAAUCCGGCGGGAGAUGGACCACGAUCCGCCCCAAUUACCGUGAAAACACUGCCAGGAGUACCAAGUGCUCCACUUCACCUUAGAUUUUCAGAUAUCACCAUGCAGAGCUUGGAGGUUACCUGGGAUCCACCGAAGUUCCUCAACGGUGAGAUCUUGGGGUACUUGGUUACCUACGAAACCACCGAGGAGAAUGAAAAGUUCAGCAAGCAAGUGAAACAAAAGGUAUCUAAUACAACACUGCGUGUUCAAAAUCUCGAGGAAGAGGUCACCUAUACAUUCACUGUCCGUGCUCAAACGUCCGUCGAUUACGGGCCGGGUAUAAGUGAGAAUGUGACAACAGGGCCUCAAGAUGGGUCCCCAGUUGCGCCGCGUGAUCUCAUCCUGACCAAGACGCUAUCCAGCGUAGAAAUGCAUUGGAUAAAUGGUCCUUCCGGGAGGGGACCCAUUCUGGGCUAUCUUAUCGAGGCGAAGAAGCGAGAAAAAGGAGAGCCGUCAUUUGUUUACGACUCGCGGUGGACAAAAAUCGAGCAGACCAGAAAGGGCAUGAUGCAGGAUUUUACGGUCAGCUAUCACAUACUGAUGCCCUCCACUGCGUACACAUUCCGUGUGAUUGCGUAUAACCGUUACGGCAUUUCGUUCCCCGUGUACUCCAAGGACUCGAUCCUGACGCCUUCCAAACUCCAUCUCGAGUAUGGUUACCUGCAGCACAAGCCCUUUUAUCGGCAAACCUGGUUUAUGGUUUCGCUGGCGGCAACUUCGAUUGUGAUCAUCGUGAUGGUUAUUGCUGUGUUGUGUGUCAAGAGCAAGAGCUACAAAUAUAAACAAGAGGCACAAAAGACUCUCGAGGAAUCUAUGGCCAUGUCAAUUGACGAGCGACAAGAGUUGGCUCUGGAGCUGUAUCGCUCUCGCCACGGAGUUGGAACUGGUACCCUGAACAGUGUAGGCACUCUGCGAAGCGGCACCUUGGGGACUCUGGGCAGAAAGUCUACAAGUCGACCGCCGCCGGGUGUCCAUCUCGGCAAGAGUCCGCCACGCCCAUCGCCCGCCUCGGUGGCGUAUCACAGCGACGAGGAGAGCUUGAAGUGCUACGACGAAAAUCCGGACGACAGCAGCGUGACCGAGAAGCCCUCGGAGGUGAGCAGCUCGGAGGCAUCGCAGCAUUCGGAGAGCGAAAAUGAGAGCGUGCGCAGCGACCCCCACUCCUUUGUGAAUCACUAUGCCAACGUGAAUGACUCACUGCGACAGUCGUGGAAGAAGACCAAGCCGGUGCGAAACUACUCCAGCUACACCGAUUCGGAGCCGGAGGGCAGUGCAGUGAUGAGCCUCAAUGGUGGCCAGAUUAUCGUCAAUAAUAUGGCCAGGUCGAGGGCACCACUGCCCGGCUUCUCGUCAUUCGUCUGACAAUCAACUGAGUUCUAAGAUCUAAGCACCAGUAGCAACGGCACCGUCAUCCGCGAGACCUUCGUCUAGGCUGAGAACGAGGAGGGUCUGGAGAAGGAACCCGGAGCUGGGGGGUUGGCUGGGGCCACUCGAACCCGUUGGAGGACGACACCCACACCCACAUAUCAGACAGGCCCUCCUGCCCUCAGCCCCUCCAGCUCCACGACGAUACGCUGCUACAGGGAUAUACAUAUUACUUAAUACCAGACAUUCAGUAAGAUUAUCUUGUAUGCUUUUAGUUUGAGUUCUUAAAUAUGUGCUUUUUACGUUGGGUUGUGCACUUGCGCGUCUUAAUGUUUUCCGUUUAACUAAAAAUGUUUUAUGCCCAGUACUCCCUAUACUCGUGAAACGUAUAAAUAUGACCAACAGGCCAAGUAUCGCAAGCAUUAAUUGAAGUAAUAUUUUUGAAUAUGCAUAACCUAGUGUAAGAAGCACAUUAUUUUCAGCGCCAGUUUCCCAGCAUGACUGCUCCUAUUUUAUAGUAUUUAUUUUUGGAUGUACAGUGUGAGUGCGAUGCUGCCUGCCACGCCUCCAGAGGUGGCAUUUAUGGAAUAGGGCGCGAAAAAUCGAAUCCAAAUCCUGUGAUAAAACGAUUUCCUCGUGCCCUAAUAAGUUUUUCAAAUGAUUUCCAAGUGUGUUCAGCGCGUGGCAGGUAGUCUGGUCUUUUAAGUGACUGUGAGUGUGAGUGACGUACGCGCUUCGUCUGCGCAAUCUCAUUAUAUAUAAAAUGACAAAAGGUUAUGUUUUAUGUUUAUUUUUUUGUGCGAGAAAACCUAGAAAAUCUACAAGUAUGAAGACAAGGACAAAACACCGAUGCAAUCGGUGGGCUAAGAUUCGAAGAAAACGAGUUCAUGAAACACGCGAAAAAAAUAAUACGCAGUAAACGAAAAUCUUUCUCUUAUAAGAAAAGAUAAGUGUAUUUUUUUGGAAAGGCAUCGGAGAAAGGCUAUAGCCAUGAUCAUGAGAAGAAUAUCUGAGGAAGAUGGCUUUGGAUAUAUUGAUAGGCCAUAUUAUUGCAAUUUCCCUACCACAUAAGUCCACAAACGCAAGCAAAAGUAACACAAAGCAAAGAAACAAACAACAAACAAACAAACGAGCAAACAUGCAAGCAUUCAAAAGCUGCAUAGCACACAAAGAAUCGAAGAAUCGAUUCGGUCAGAGCGCAUGCGUAGCAGAUUUAGCAUUAAGUACGAUCUUCUAGAGGUAAGAUGCAUUUUUUUUGUUAGUUGGGGGCCAGUCUCUACGGAGAGACUUCGCCCUGAUACUCUAGCUCGUAAUUUUCGAUUGUUUAAUCCCCGACGCUUAGAGGUAAUUGUACUCGUGUUUGUAUUUGAACGCGGUUUAUAUUUAUGACUAUAUUUAUAUAUCGAUGUAUACAUGUAUAUCUAAAAACUUAAACGACUGAUUAUAUAUUUUCCCCUGAUUAAUUGUAUACUUAACUCCUUUUUUGUAAACCUACGCAUUAACUACGCUAAGACCACUUUUGCACUUUGGCGCCCGUUGAAAUGAAAACGGAGUGGAAAACGUUUUCCCCAAAUCGCAAGCUAAUUUCAACUUCAAAGACUCGAAGCACAAGUUCAUCUAGUUAAGUAAAUGUAUUUGUAAUUGUUGAAUUGAUGAUUAAAGGAUAGUUCUCCACUAAUUGAGAGGCACGUUUGAUGUGGAGGAGCUUUGGAGAUGAAAAAGGUGGAGCUUAGGGAUCUUCGCUCGUUGCUAGUUGAAAUUCGUGCAGCAAGCGCAAAGUAUUAAAAUAUUGAUAAAUACAAUUUAAAUGUGUAAAUUUAAUUGAUCGAGCAUCCGAAUAUGAAUCAAUAAAAGAACAUGAAAUCCAUGGAA